AUGCUGUGCUCUGGAUGGUUUUUCUGUUUAUACUUCAAGUCAAGCGUCCGUUGGCCACCACAUCCUGAAGCUACUGAGGACUCGUCCACUGUCUGCACAGAUGCGUGUCUUUCUGUUCUCAAGGUGGACUCCACCACCCACUUUCUACACAGCAACUCCACUCUUAACUACAGCGCCAGAAAGCAGCAGAAAAAGGUCAGAAAAGCCCCAUUCAUCACAUCAAGCAGAAAGAACCACACACUGUUAGAAACAGACAUCAUCAUCCUAAUCUGGACAUGGCCGUUUGCCCACCGGUUCGAUAUGAGCAUAUGUGACCCACUGUUUGGGAUCACAGAUUGUUAUAUAACAGAUGGUUAUUAUAGAAAGGCACAUGGAGUUAUGUUCCAUCACAAAGACAUUCAGAAAGAUUUGCCCACGCUACUGGAAUUGUCACGACCGCCACCACAGAAAUGGAUCUGGAUGAACAUGGAGUCUCCAGCCAAUUCACCACAGUUCAUUCACCACAGAUCAUCUGCACCUGGUGCAGAUCUAUUCAAUCUGACAGCAAACUAUCGAAGAGACUCAGAUAUCUGGAUGCCUUAUGGGUGGAUUGUAGAGGCAUCUAAUGACAACAAAGCCUUUAAAAUACCAAAGAAGGACAAACUAGUCUGCUGGUUCGUCAACAACUGGGACAAACGUUUGUUGCGUGUGAAAUACUUCAAUGAAUUUAGCAAACACAUAAAGAUAGAGACUUACGGUAGACACUUUGACAGGUAUAAAAGCAAGCAAGAUUAUUUUAAAAUUAUAUCUAGCUGUAAAUUCUACUUAUCCUUUGAGAACUCCAUCUAUAAAGACUACAUCACAGAAAAGCUGUAUAAUCCACUGACAUCUGGCACGGUACCUGUGGUUCUUGGCCCACCCAGGGAGAACUAUGAAGAAUUUGUACCUGGGAAUUCCUUUAUACAUGUGGAUGAUUUCGGAUCCCCUCAAGAACUUGCAGAUCAUCUUAAAUUACUGGACCAAAACCAGGAGAUGUAUGAACAAUACUUCACCUGGAGAAAACACUUUACUGCUAAGGUUUCUUAUUUUGGUGUGGCGCACGUUUGUCAUAUUUGUGAUUAUAUAAGUAAACACAAGAGCUACCGAGUAUUUAAAAACCUUAAUAAAUGGUACUGGGGUCAGCUGUGUUUGUAUGAAAAGUGA